CAGGCGGAGGUCUUGUCAGUCCUCUCGGUCCUGCCGGUCCUCUCGGUCCUGCCGGUCCUCUCGGUGCUGCCGGUGCUGCCCGCCGGCGCCAUGGAGGAGUUCCUGCAGCGCGCCCGGUCCAAGCUGAACAGGAGCAAAUGCCUGGAGAAAGUCCAUGUUGUUCUUGGGAAUAAAUCCUGUGAUUUAGAUUCACUCAUUUCUACUCUGGCAUAUGCCUACUUUCUAGACAAGGUCAGCCCUCCUGAUGUUCUUUGCUUACCUGUGUUGAAUAUACCAAGAGGAGAUUUUAGCUAUUUUACCGAGACAAGAUUUAUAUUGGAGGAGCUGAAUAUCCCGGAGUCAUUCCAUAUCUUCCGAGAUGAAAUCAAUUUGCACCAGCUGAAUGCUGAAGGGAAAUUGUCUUUAACACUUGUAAACAGCAACAUGCUUUCAAGUGAGGAUAAAAGUUUGGAAUCAGCUGUUGUUAAAGUCAUCAAUCCGGAUGAGCAAUGUGACGGCAGCCUGGAGUUACAAGCAUCGUCUUCCUCUUUAGUACUAAAAGAGAUUCUUCAAGAGGCACCAGAGUUAAUCACUCAGCAACUGGCUUAUCUCCUCAGAGGAAGCAUUCUCUUCAAGUGCAUGUCUUUGGAGGCUGGCAAAAUUACAGAUCAUCAAGAGAAAGUGCUCUCAAUCCUAGAGGAAAAGUUUCCAGAUCUUCCCCCACGAGAAGAAAUUAUCUCUGUUCUCCAGGAGACUCAGUUUAAACCACAAGGAGAAAGUAUUGAGGAGGUUAUGCUGAAAGAUCUGAAGGAGAUUUCAGAUGGAGAAAUCAAAGUAGCAAUUAGCACUGUCUACAUGACACUGGAGGACUGCAUGUUACACAGGAGUCUCGUUGGUGAUCUGAAAACAUUCACAGAUAAAUAUGGGUUUGAUGUACUUGUCAUUUUGGCCAACUGUUUGUUAGAUGAGAAGCAAACAAAACGACAGAUAGCAGUAUACUCGGAAAACUUAGAGCUAGGCAAUCAGAUCUGCUGUGAACUAGAAGAAUGUCAGAAUCCUUGUUUGGAGCUGGAUCCUCUAGAAUGUGGAUGUGACCAAAUUCUCAUUUAUCAUCAAGAAAAUUCUUUGGUGACCUGUGAUCAAAUUCUUCUUCUAGUUAAGGAAGUUAUAAAUAGAAGACAACCAGAAAUGGUAUCCAACAGCAGAACUUCCUCUACUGAAGCUGUUGCUGGGAGUGCUCCACUUUCACAGGGAUCUUCUGGUAUUAUGGAGUUAUAUGGUUCUGAUGUAGAACCACAGUCCAAUUCUGCUAAUUUUAUAGAAAAUCCUCAAGAUCUAAAUGGAUCCAUCCAAGCCCAUGUUGAUGUUAAUGUAGACCUUGUGAGUCCAGACAGUGGAUUGGCUACCAUUAGAAGCAGCCGGUCUUCCAAGGAGAGUUCUGUUUUCCUUAGUGAUGAUAGCCCUGUUACAGAAGGUGCUGCUUCCCAUCACAGUCUUCUGCCUGGUUUUGAUUCCUGUAGCCCUAUUCCUGAAGGAGCAAUAGCUGAAGAACAAAACCCUCAGGCUAGAGACAAUAGUGAUAACUUUGAUCUUUUCAAUUUUGAUCUGGCACCUGCAGUUACAGCUCCAUCUGAGUCAUCUUCUCAUUCUGUGGAUUGCUCCCCAGCAGAUGACUAUUUCCUUAAUAGUGACUCAUCAGAAGGACAGCAUCUCACUGUACAGAAAGAACUUGAUGAAGCAAACCUGAUGGAAAGUGAUGCAGCAAAUUAUUCAUCUGACUUACUUAUGACAACAUCUGAUGGAGACAAUGUAGCUGAAUUUGAUGAGAACCUAGGAGAAAGGUGUGAGAAAACUUCAAGUUUAAUUGAUGUAGUGGCAGAUGAGUCUUCUUCACCCGAAAUGUUAAAAUCUGCUGACUCAAGAAUUCCACCAACUCCUAUGAACAGUCUCGUAGAAACUUCACCAUUAGAUAAUGGGCAGUCUUUAUUUUUCCCACAAGAUGUCAUUAAAAAAAUUAAUGAAAUAGAUGGCACAAAUUAUUCUCAGUCUCGCGUGAGAUGUGGAAGCUGGUGGGAUGGCUUUGACCUAGAGUCCAGAAAUGCUGAUACAUGGAGUUCGAGUGAGCAGGAGUCUGUAUUUCAGAGCCCUGUCUUAUGGAAAGAUUGUAAGGAAAGUCCCUUGCUACGAGAACAUGUUGAGAGAAGAGCCUCAGAUUCUGUAUUUCUCCAAAAACAGCCAAAGCAAAUGGAAUUCAUGAGAGCAGGCCUGUGGGACGUUAAGUUUAAUCAAGAUGAUUGGAACCAUGAGAAUCAAGAGAAAAACAUUGAACAUUCACAUUUGCAACCUGCCUUGUUAGAUGAGACGAAGAAAGAACCAGAGAGCUUUACUGACCCAUGGAAGAUCACUCAGAAAACAUCUGUGAUGCCAGAUGCAUGGGGUACUGGAGAAGAGAAAGGUAGUCAGGUAGCUGGAGAAUCUUACAAAGUCUGGGCGAAGUUUGAUGCAGGAGAUACUGCUGGAUCGUCAGAAAAUGUAUGGAACGUGCCUGUACUGGAUAGAGGAAAAAACCCAGUGAAUAUUCCUGGAGAAUGGGCUUUAACAAAAACUAAUUUAUUGGAUUCCUCAGAAAUCAUAAUGGACAAUGACACUAAAAAUCCACCUAUUCAAGUAUCUCCAGAAGCCUGGGAUAAAGAAAGAUAUUAUUCAGUAGAAGAAUAUGGAAAAUCUGAAAAUAUAAAUUCUAUUUUCAAAAAUAUGCAAAAUAAUUCCAGCCUGGAAACAGAAGAACAAAGUGUAUUUGGUGACCCUAAACAUAGACCAAAACAAUUUGAAACUAUAGAGACCUGGGAUAUGUAUGAUAAAAACACUAGGAAAGAAGCAACAGGAGUAGUGGUGCCAUGGGAGGACACCUUCUUGUAUAAACCCUCCAACCUUAGUUCACCAAAUACAGGUGAAGAUUUAGUUGUUUCUCCACCAGACACCAAUUAUUCAACAUCCGAUUCAUAUGUAUCACCUACAUAUGUGGAAGAUGAAAGAGAAAAUGAGAACAAAAAUUUUGAUGAAGAAGCAGUUACUGAUAAAUUGAUAAGCCCAAAUUUGGAUGAACCAAAAGUACUUGAGAAACCAAAUGAGGAACCUAUAUCUACUAGCAACAUGCCUUUUACAAGUGUUGGAAACACAGACAUCUGGAACACUCCUCUAAAUAAUGUUACCCAGUUAAAGGAAAGAUAUUCUGAAAUUACUGAUUUUUCUGCCACUGCUAAACCUUUCCUUAAUUCAGAACAAGCAGCUAAUAAAGGCUUUUCAACUGAGAUACAGACUAGUGAAAAUAUUUUUUCUACAUCUGAAAACAGAAGAGUAACACCAGUAUACAAUCAAACAGUGAAUGACUUAUCACCACCACAGAACAAAUUAAAUACUAUACAAGCUGCAGCCAAAAAUGUAGAAACAGUGAGCAGUGUUACUGCAGAAGACACAGACAUAUCUAUGCCAACUUCAGACACUGGGAAUGGUGUGGAUAUGAAAAUAUGUGACUUAGGGAGUGAGAUGCCUAAUAGGAGUGCUUUACAAAACACUGCUAAUGUUGGUGAAAAGCUGAACAAUCAGGAGGAUUCAGUACAGCAUCUGAAUUCAUGGACAAUACAGAGUGAUCAGAGUUGUGAAGAAGGCUGGCACAGUGCCAUUGCCAUCUCUCAGGAAGGAAAAGAGGAAUAUAAGAGAACAGAUGAGACAAGUGGACAGCAAAUGAUUAGAGACAUUUAUGAUAAACCAGUUCAAGAGGACAGUGAAUCUUCAUGUAAUGCAGAUUCAGAAGAAAAUAGAUCAGCAACUCAAGUUCCCAGCUCUCCAGAAAAAAUGAGGAAUAGUGCUAGUUUGGAAGCACUAAUCACAACGAAUGAGUCAUUUUCCAAUGGAAGUAAUCCAGUUUGUCAGGAGGAGAGGGAAGACUUAUCACAGAAUAAUGUGGAAUCUUCUUCAAGUGCUUCUGAGGAAGGCAGAAAUUACAAAACUGUUAAAAACUCCAGACCAAAAAAUUACAAUUAUAGUGAAACAUCAGAGCUGCUUUCUGAGAAAGCUGAAGAGGAGACUACAGUGACAAAGGAUACAUCAAGUCCUGAGAUGGGAAGUAUCUCUGAAAGUUCUUAUAAGGAUAAUGGUGAUCCUGAAGAUAAUUAUUCUAAACUGUUGAGAAGCCCAGGCACCUGGAAUGACUCUGGAAAGAGUGUUGGUUUCCUAGCCACAUCAAUUCCUUUGAUGAAUGAACCACAAGAAGUGCUGGGAGAAGUGAAAGAGGACGUACAUGAAAUGUUGCCUAAGUAUCCAGGCAUUUGUGAUUCUGAAUCUUUUAAAAAUAGCUCAGAACUGAACAGAACUCAUGAAAAGUCUUUCCCAGAUGAGUUUAUGGAGAGUCCUUCUGGAUAUGUCAGUGUUCCUGACAUGACAGAUAUGUCUGUAGUGGGAAGUUCGUUUUCACAUGAAAUCAGUUCUGGGAAAAAUGAAAAUUUUGAAAAUUUAGAACUUGCUAAUAAUAUUUCUGAAGAAAUAUGUGUAGUGCCUCAUGACAGUUUUCCCCAAACUACUUGGAAUUUACAGCCAUAUGAAGAUUUGCACUCUCCUGGAACAAGUCCUGAAGCAAGUGAAGUCCUUGAAAUGGCAAACACCACAAGUAGCAUUUCAAAGAGUAUACAGAUCAAAAGUUAUUUGGAAGGAGAUAAUGUGUGGAGUGAUUCAAUAAAUGAUUAUGUACACUCAAGUGGAACAAGUCCUGAUUUAAGUGAUGCAUCUGUGAAUGUCUGGGGAGACCUCCCAGUUGCCAGUCAUCACAAAAGAUCUAUGGGUGUGUGGGAUAUUAAAAAUAAUAAAAAUCUUGAAGAUGCUUGUAAAAAGAAUGAAUUGGACAAUGAAUCUGAAGGCGUUGAAACAAGUGCUGAACAGAACAAAGUUCCUAGAAGCUUAGAUUUUUGGAAUGCCCAUGUAGAUGAUGAUGAUGAUACUGUAUCUUCUUUAUCAAGUCCUGACAUAAAUGAAGAUUCAGAGAAUUCAGAGGCAUGCCCAGAAGUGAUUAAUGAAGAUUCCACAUAUGAAAACAAACAGCACAAGGCAUCUGAAAUUGGAGGGAAUUUUCCUCAGUCCAAUACAACAAGUCAUGAAGCAAAAGGAGAUAAUUUAAACACAGAAGCUAAGGUGAGAGAGGAGUUCCAGGUUGUCAUCCCUAAUGAAAAUUCUGAAACAAGUAAAUCUAGGAAAGUACUGCAGGAAGACUUGACUAUAGUGAAGUAUAAUGAGACUUCUGAAUAUUUAGGUAAUUUGGAAACACUUCAGAAAAAAGCUCAGGUGAGUAUUUUCAGUGAAAAACCAGGUAGCAGAGAAGACUCAUGUUUUAAUCAAAUGAAAGAAGAUGCUACACCAACUUUUGCUGUUGGUGAUGAAGAAAAGUAUUCUUCAAAAUCUGUAGAUAUGUGGAAUAUGUCAUUGGAAGCUGAUUUAAAAACUGGUCAUAAAUCCACAGUGGGAACACUGGGUUUUCCAGAUGACAAUUCAGACUGGCAGAAUUCACAACCUGAUGAGGAAAAGCAAUUAGAAGUUCAGUAUUCUGUUUCAAGUCACUCUGAAACAAACCAGUUAACAAAUGCUAAGGAGGACUCUUGGGGAUCACCUUCACAAGAUAAAGAACUACAAGAAACACUUUUCACCAGUGUAAAUGAUGAUGGAAAUCAGCCUGCAGGUGGAGAACAUGAAAGACUAGUACAUCCUAUGAAUAUUCCUGAUAGUCAGAUAAUUCAAGAUGUGGUAGACUUCAAACAACUUGAUUCUUUCAUACUGGAUAAAGAUGAAAGGGACUUGAAAGAGCAGUUCUUUUCUACAAAUGAUGAAAAUCAUCCAACUCUUCAGAAUCCUUUUUCAGAUGAGGAACAAGGUAUACCAAAUACAUCAGCUCAAGAAAUCACUGUACUGGAUCCACCAAAAGAUAAUGAGGGAAAUGCAAAUCUCAUCCCUCAAGAACAACAGCAGGACACCUAUGAAAGCUUAGAAGUGCAAAACUCCCUGCCAGGGGCUUUCACUGUAGGAAACUUGCUCCCUGAAAUGGCAGAGAAGUCAAGUCCAGGGUGGAGUCUGUUAGCUCCCCAAACUGCACUUAUCCCAGAUAUCUUACAGGAUAAAGCACGAGAAAAUAAUCACCUGUUUUCAGUGGAACCUGACCUGUGGACUAAUGCUGAGCAGAUUGUCACUUUAAAAUCAGAUGGUGAAAAUCCUGAUAUAUUAAGUCACUGUGACCAAGACAAUAAUUCAGAGGCAUCAAGCAGUCCUGAUGUGUGCCAGGAAUAUGAAGCUAAACAUGCCUUGAUUCCUUCUUCUCAGAUUGGGGUGGAGCCUGAAGGCAGUCAGCUGAUUCAGACAUGUUCAAAUAUGAGUAAAGAGGCAGAUUUUGAUCCAAAAUGUCAGUCAGUAAUGCAGAAGAUGGAGAUACAGUCUGAAAGCAGUAGUCCCCAGGAUUAUGGACAAGAAAAGACUGACGAAUUGUAUCAGUUAAUCUCUUCUAAUAAUCAGGAGCCCCCUGAAUUUCUGGUUUUGGAAGAACAUGGUCUAGAAAAUAAACUUGUUACUGAUGUAGUUGAGGCAGCUGGAAUUACCAAUGAAGUUUUAGAAGUGAUGUCCUUAGAACUGAAAGAUACCUUCCAGGAAAGUCCUGCAAGCCAUCAAGGAGCACCAACUGAUACGGCUCAAAUGCAUUUGGCUCCCACAGAUAUCACUCUACCUGACACGUCAAAACAAAGCUUAAAAGAACGUAGUGCUUUGGCUGAAGCUGAAAAAUAUUCUGAUAUUGACCAUACAGCAAUAACUGGUGAUGAGCUAGACAUGUCUGAAGAAUGUGUGGAUGAAUCUGAGACACACAGAUUCAUAGGGAUAGAACAUAACGUCAGGAAUGUAUUAGUGACUAAUGUCCCAGGGAGCCCAUGUAGUGGAAUGAACAUACUGGGGAUAGUAGGCAGUGAAGCAGCAGAAGGCGAAUCAAAGGAUGAACCCAUAUUCUUCCCUGAAUCCUUUCUUCCUAGUGGUAAUGAAGGCCAUGAAUGUGAUUCAACUUAUCAGAUGGUUGAUGACACAGCAAAAGAAUCCACAGAUAUAAUAGAAAAUGCUGUUGCUGUGCUUAAGGAAAAGCCCAGUGACCAAUCACCAGUUCUGUGUGUCCCAUCCUCCUAUGUAUCUUUUGAUGCUGAGCUGUCUGGCAGCGGGGAGUGUGCACAGGAUGAACACUUGUCACAGCAGCCAUUCUGUGACACUGUUUCUUUGGAGAAACCAUUACCACUCUCAGCUCCUUUGGAAGUUGCAGAAGACAUCUUCAUGGCCAAAGACCGCAGCAGUAAAGAUCAGGUGCCUGAGACCUCCACAGCGUGCCUUCAAGAAAAUCACACAUCAGUACCUUCACUUUCCGAGGCUGAAGUAACUGUGAGAACUUCCAAAGUUCUGACGGGAAAAUCUGAAGCAGAAACAACCGAUCUCGACUCACCACCAGGUGGAGAUAAAAGAUCACCCGAUGACACUGGCACUGACUCCAUGCUUGGUAGGCAGAAUAAGCUGAGUAUUUCCUCUGACUGCUCUGAACUGAGAAGUACAGACGGUAAGAAGGAUGUGAGGAUGCAAGUGCACCAAGAUCCAGCUUCACUGGAUAUGGAUUACAUCCUUGUUACCGAGGAAGAAAAGUCACCUUCAACAAAAGAUACUGUGGAAGAAACAGAAUCUCCUGGAGGCUUUUCACAGGGUUCCUUGGAUACCUUUCAGCCAAUCUCCAUUACAAAUGAAAUGGAAGAUUACUCUGUUUCUGGGACUGAAUGGGACUCUGUUCACUUAGAAGAGAAAAGUUCUUCUCUUGUGCCUCAAAAACUGGAUGAUGAAAAGCAAGCACAGGAAAGCUGUGGGCCAGAUGAGGGCUGGAUUAUACUGGGCCAAAAUGAAGCCAGUGACGAAUCACCUGAAGAAGCUUCUGCCAAGUCAGAGGUGCCAAAAUCAGGUUCAAGAAAUUCUGGAGAAGAACCUGCAGCUGUGGUAGCACAGGCAUUGAUUCUUGACACUCAGAUAGAAAUUCAGGUAGAAACUCCCCUUCAGAAACCUUUUGAACGUGAGGACUUUUCUUCAGAAAGUGCACCUGCUGAGGACAAGAAUUUGGGCACUGCAGAAACCAAUGUGUUGAAAACAGUUGGUGGUGAUGAUUCAUGGGAAGUAAAUUCUCAACAGAGACUCAGAAAUAACAUAGAAACAGAACAGGAAAUCAAGGAGGAAAUGGUGCUUCUCAACACUGAAAGAGAACUGAGUCAAAAAUCAGGGUUGGUUCAAGAGGAUGUGGGAAUGGACAUUCCCUUUGCGGAGGGUGUGUUAAGCCCCAGUUCUACAGAGAUGAGACCUGAACCACCCAAUUCUCUUGAUCUUAAUGGUUCCAAUCCCAGAAGGAUAAAGCUCACUGCUCCAAAUAUCAAUCUCUCUCUGGACCAGAGUGAAGGGUCUGUACUUUCUGAUGAUAAUUUGGAUACGCCAGAUGAAAUUGACAUCAAUGUAGAUGACCUUGACACUCCUGAUGAAGCAGACUCUUUUGAAUACACCGGACAAGAAGAGCAGACUACUGCUAAGGAUGCUUCCCAGGAGGAGUCUGAAUCAAUUCCAGAGUACACUGCUGAAGAGGAGCGAGAGGACAACAGGUUAUGGAGAACAGUGAUUAUUGGAGAACAAGAACAAAGAAUUGAUAUGAAAGUCAUUGAACCUUACAAAAAGGUCAUUUCACAUGGAGGAUACUAUGGUGAUGGUCUGAAUGCUAUCAUUGUGUUUGCAGCAUGUUUUUUGCCAGACAGCAGUCGAGCUGAUUACAACUAUGUCAUGGAAAAUCUUUUCCUCUAUGUAAUCAGUACCUUAGAGCUGAUGGUAGCUGAAGACUAUAUGAUUGUUUAUUUGAAUGGAGCAACACCAAGAAGGAGGAUGCCUGGGCUGGGUUGGAUGAAAAAAUGUUACCAGAUGAUUGAUCGACGAUUACGGAAGAAUUUGAAAUCAUUUAUAAUUGUUCAUCCAUCAUGGUUUAUCAGGACAAUUCUGGCUGUGACACGACCUUUUAUAAGCUCUAAGUUCAGCAGUAAGAUACAAUAUGUCAACACAUUAGCAGAGCUUCGUGAGAUGAUUCCAAUGGAAUAUGUGCACAUACCAGACAGUAUUGUCAAACUGGAUGAAGAACUGAGGGAAGCUUCAGAAACAGCUAAAACUAGCUGCCUCUCAAAUGACCCAGAAAUUACUUCAGUGGAGCAGGAGUAAGAAUUUAUUCCUAAUACUGUCAUUACAUUUUAACAUUUUUACAUCAGCGCUGCUGGGUAGACUCCAUAAAGCUUUCUGGAGAGCUAAAUACUUUUAUAGCUGUUUUCAGGAACUUGAAACAUAUCAGCAAAGCAAGCACUGAAGUUAGGAUUUAUUAUACUUGCAGUGCAGAUGUGUUUAAAGUGUCCUUCACCAUUUCCAAGCUGGGACAAAUAGAAUUCUUGGCCUCACAAUGUUCAGAUUAAGUUAUGUGAAAAC